CUUGCGCGACCGGGUGGAAUGGAGAUACUACGGACCCUAGCUCACCAACCUGUUAACGGCAAAAACAACAUGUGCGAGAGGUCAAAAGCAGCCGACCUGAGAUCGAAAAAAUCGGAGCAUCACACACAUGCCCAUCAGGAGCUAUCUCGGAUUGUUACGGAUUACAAGACGGGCAGAUGUUACUGCAGAGGGAAAGUGCUCGGAAAGGGAGGUUUCGCCAAGUGCUAUGAAUUUUCGGACUUGGUCACUGGCAAGGUGUACGCUGCUAAAAUCAUUCCACACACUCGCGUCUCCAAACCGCACCAAAGGGCGAAGAUCGACAAAGAAAUUGAGCUGCACCGUGGACUCCACCACAAACACAUUGUGCAUUUUUACCACCAUUUCGAGGACAAAGACAAUAUCUACAUUCUUCUGGAGUACUGCCGCCGAAGGUCUCUGGCUCACAUACUGAAAGCACGCAAGGUCCUUACGGAGCCAGAGGUCAGAUACUACCUAAAGCAGAUAGUGGCUGGACUGAAGUACUUACAUGAGCAGGAGAUUUUACACCGAGACCUGAAACUGGGUGUGGAGGAUGGUACCAUGGCCAGUGUGGUCGACAGUGUGGCCCGAGUCCUUCGAGAUUGUCUGGAGAAAAUGACAGAAGCCGAGUCCAUCCCGAAGAAGAAGGGGGUCAGCACCUCGUUCCUCUGGGUCACCAAGUGGGUGGACUACUCCAACAAGUACGGCUUCGGCUACCAGCUGUCUGACCACAGCGUCGGUGUGCUGUUCAACAACGGCACGCACAUGAGCCUUCUUCCAGACAAGAAGACUGUGCAUUACUCUGCAGAGCUGGGCAGUUGCUGUGUGCUGUCCAGCACGGAGGCCAAAGAGUCCUUUCAAGGCCAGGUUACCAUACUGAAGUACUUCGCCCACUACAUGGAGGAGAACCUCAUGGAUGGGGGGAAUUUGUCAAAGGGCACAGAUGUCAGUAAGCCCAGCCUUUAUCUGCUGCAGUGGCUGAAGUCGGAUCGAGCACUUAUGAUGCUCUUCAAUGAUGGCACCUUUCAGGUGAACUUCUACCACGACCACACCAAGAUCAUCCUGUGUCGCCAGGGCAAGGAGCACCUGCUGAGCUACAUCAACGAGGACCGUGUCUCCACCACCCUGAGCCUCAGCGCGCUGCUCACCAACGGCUGCUCCGCGCACCUGAGAGAGAGGAUGCACUACGCCUACAACAUGCUGAUGCAGCUCUGCAUCUGAGAGCUACACCUACAACAUGCUCAUGCAGCUCUGCAUCUGAAAACUACACCUACAACAUGCUGCAGUUAUGCAUCUGAGAACUACACCUACAGUACAACAUGUUGCAGCUCUGCAUCUGAGAACUACGCCUGCAACAUGCUGCAGUUAUGCAUCUGAGAACUACGCCUGCAACAUGCUGCAGUUAUGCAUCUGAGAACUACGCCUGCAACAUGCUGCAGUUAUGCAUCUGAGAACUACGCCUGCAACAUGCUGCAGUUAUGCAUCUGAGAACUACGCCUGCAACAUGCUGCAGUUAUGCAUCUGAGAACUACGCCUACAACAUGCUGAUGCAGCUCUGCAUCGGAGAACUACACCUACAUGUUGAUGAAACUAUAUAUCUGAGAGCUACACCUGCAACAAUGUGCUGACGAAUUGCAGCUACUGAAAACAACAGACUAAAAAGCAACUGAUGUGUCAAGAUAGUUGGACACUAACUGUGUGUGUGUGUGUGUAUUUGUGUUUGUGUGUGUUUGUGUGUUUGUGUGUGUGUGUGUAUGUGUGUGUGUGUGUGUGUGUGUGUGUGUGUGUGUGUGUGUGUGUGUGUGUGUGUGUGUGUGUAGUCCCACUGGAGUCAUGGGAGAACUGAGAGGAGGUGGAAACAGCUGUACAUAAAUGCCCCUGGGCUGGACCCAGAGAAUGUAUAUAGACGCACUGUUUGUACAUAUCACACCUAUGACCGUGGGCUGGACCCGAAGGCUGUAUAUAGACAUACUGUAUGUACAUACACACUUACUGUACGCACUGAUCUUUGACUGAAGCAGGGGACAGUGGAGAGCACUUAGUACUCUUAGGACUCAUGUAGGGCCUUUGCACACUAGAACCCAUCAUUUCAUAUGCGUACUUUCAAUCCGUAAAAACAUAGAACGUCGCAGUUCACCGAGAUUUGCUGCAGAACGUUGCAGUUCACUGCAGAAGUCUUGUUCACUAUCUCUAUAAAGAUGGAAAAGAAUUCGAACCUAGAUGAAAGUUUCAAAGUCAUUGUGUAAACAUGAUUGACACAUCCUGAGGUCGUAUGUAUUUUCUAUGGUGUCGUUCAAUAUCGGACAAAAAUACACUCUCAUUGUCCAUUGGCCUUUAGACUAGGGCUAGGAGAGCUACAGCAAAGCGCUCCUUUACGUUUGUGGCCUACCCAGUGUACAGCAACAAUCCGUGUAACUGUGAACUGUCCUGUGCUAGAACUAGCGAGUCCGGCGGUGGUCAGCGAUAGCGGAGGACCCUCGUGGGCUACGUGUACAGCUGAUGGAUGGAGUAGCCCGUGGCUUUGGUGUCCACCACCACCGACCCAAACAGCAAGACAGGCGCCAGGGCACACCCGAGCAACCUGGUAGCCAUAGCUGUGUCUUGGUGCCUGUCAUAGACUGUUGUGUUGAGCACUGUGUAUUUAUUUAUUUAAUAAAGUCAUUGAAUAGUUGA